AUCCCUCUUUCUCUUUUCUUUCUAUAUAUCACACCCCCUUCUCCACACCCACACAAACCACUGCUUCUCACUCUUUGGGCCUUUCUUUCUCUUUUCACUAAACCAAAACUCAGAUCCUUGGGUAUUACUUCAAGGAUCACACAAAAUUCAGUUGUACAAACAAAUAGAAAAGUAUGGGAAGACCUCCAUGUUGUGACAAGAUGGGAGUGAAGAAAGGACCGUGGACUCCCGAGGAAGAUAUCAUGUUGGUUUCUUAUGUUCAAGAACAUGGUCCGGGCAAUUGGCGAGCUGUUCCUACCAAUACUGGGUUGCGUAGAUGCAGUAAGAGCUGCAGGCUUAGAUGGACUAAUUAUCUGAGGCCGGGAAUAAGAAGGGGUGAUUUCACUGCUGAUGAAGAAAAGAUGAUCAUCCAGCUUCAAGAUCUUCUUGGAAACAAAUGGGCUGCUAUAGCAUCGUAUCUUCCUGAGAGAACAGAUAAUGACAUCAAAAAUUAUUGGAAUACUCAUUUGAAGAAGAAGCUGAAAAAGCUGGAGGACAGCACUAAUUCUGAUGAGGGAAGGGCAUGUUUGGCUACAGAGGAGAACACUCUCAUUUCAUCUUAUUCACACUCCAUAUCUAGGGGCCAGUGGGAGAGGAGGCUUCAAACGGAUAUUCACCUGGCCAAACAAGCCCUAAAUGAUGCUUUGUCAUUAGAUCAGAAACCAAUGAUCAUCCCUCCUCCAAACCCUAGUCAUCAUGAAGCUGCCUCCACAUCUUCCCAGCUCUAUGCCUCCAGUACCGAAAACAUAGCGAAAUUGCUGAAAGGCUGGAUGAAAAACUCGCCACAGAUGUCUUGUUCAAGCACUACGGUGACUACGCAGCAUUCUGCGGUCCAGAAGAAUAUUCAAGAUGCUCAUGUCACUGAUUAUUCUACCUCAAGUGAAGGCACGGAUCAAAGCAAAAGCAAUGGCAUUGAUUUAUCUCAAGCAUUCGACUCGCUCUUCGGAUUCGAGACUUUGGACUCUAGUUCUAAUAUUUCCGAUUUCUCCACAAAAUCUCAUAACAAUAAUAUGUCCCCGGAGGAAGCUAGUACCUUUUUCAACAAUGAAAGAAAGCCGGACCUCAGCUCUCUCGUUCCCUUCUCGAUGUUCGAGAAUUGGUUAUUCGACGACGGUGCUCAUAACAAAUUAGGGCUCACAUCUAACUUUUCUUUUGAUGACAUAUAAAGCUCUCGGAUCUAGUGUUUUGUAAUUGAGCCUGGGAUCGUGUUUGAGGUUAAUUAUUUAAUUUGUAUGCAAGGGGUUCGUACGUAUAUUCUGUGUUAUCUUGUUUAUUUCGUUAUCCGGUUUGGUCCAACCAUAGAUAUGGUUUUUUCUUGAUCUAUUGCAAUAGACAAGUGUUGUUGAUCAAUUAGCAAACCAUUUUCAAUGUGCCUAUAAUGAAUUCCAUGGCCAUGUGCCAUGCUUAAUUUUC